AGCGAUUGAAAGCCUUGUAGGCUUCCUCAUUAAACCCACAGGUCAUACAGCUCUCUCUCUCCCUCCCUCUUUGUUUCCCUCUCUCUCUCUCAGUACCAUCUAAUGCUCCAUUCCGAACUAUUGCAUCUCUCAUAUCAAAGCCGCUGUUUCUGGUUGGACAUCAAUGCGGGGUUUCUUUGAUUAUUCUGUGAGUUCAAUGCACUGAAGGAUUCGUGGGGCCUUGAUAUUCUGUGAAAUUGUAAUUGCAGGGUUCUUCUACUUGCCUUAGUUUCAGACUGUGGGGAAAUGUUACUCUGCCUCGAUUUGUGCCACUGCUCUUCAUAUCACAGUAAACAGCUUUUGAGGCCUAUCUCAAGUGGCAAGGAGUUAGGGUUGGGAUGGGGGAGGUUAAUAGUGAAAAAAAAAAAAAAGGUUACCCAUAAAAAUGGUUUAAAUGUAAAAGUUGCCCAUAAAAAAAAUGUCUUUGCAGUAAAUAUUUGUGUAUUAGUCAAAAAAAUUUAUAUUUUCUACAACCAUCAAGCCUUAAUGCUUUAGUGGUUGGACAUACCUAGAGAAACUACUGCACUUGAAUUCCCUAGCAUUUUCCAAGCCGCCAGCUUUAGGGUACUUGCUCCUCAGUGAAGUAGCUGCCUAUGUGCAACCUAGGGGACUCACUGCCUACAAUGUAGUAAGUCAAUAAAUGACUGCUAAAUGUGCUAUUACUACAUCCUAUAUUAAUUAUUCAUUUUUUUGGUGGUUCUAUGUCAUCAAGAUGAGUUAGGAGCAAGCUAUUUCUUGCAUCUAAUUCAAAAUCUGUUUCUCUUGCCUUUAGUUUUGCAAUCCGAAUGCCUAUUAUGAGCAUUUAUUAGUUAUAUGACAUCACCCUAUAAAUGACAUUCCACUGCUAUUGUCUCCUUAUUCAGUGUGCUCAUAAGCUAAAGUCUCUUGCUGAAAUACAUGACUUGCAGUUUUUAUGGCACUAAGGGGUUUAAGGAAAUCUCCAUAGGAAGGUAUUCUGUGUUGAAAUGGUAAUUCAUAAAAACAUGUCCACAUUGAGAAGGUAAUUCAUAAAGACAUGUACUCUAUUGGGAAGUUGAUAUAGUUUCAAGUAUCAAUUGAUGAGGAGCAAGCUAGUUGUGAUACAAACUCACGAGCACUAUUUUUGAAAGCUUACUAAAAGAAUGGAGAUACACUAAUAAGAAUGUCAGAAUCUGGCAUACAUAGUUUUUUGUUUGCAAGUUUUGGCUAUUGUUAUUUAUGAAAUCUGGGAUCAAAUGGACUUUAUACUGGCUGUUUAAAAUUGUGAAAAAAUGUUACCUUCUUGGUUGAAAGUUUUUCACUUUUGAUAAUCUAGAAGUAGUAAACCUAGUUUACUUAGGAUUCCAACCUUGAGUUUGUAAUUAUAGCUUUGUACUGUGUAAGUUCUCUUUGGGGUUUACAUAUUAUUCUUUCCAAUUCAAGCUUCCCCUCCUUAAAUAAUACUGUGGCAACAUGAUUUGAAGGAUGGUGGGCAAACGCCAGUUCUUCUCAACAUGUUUGCUGUGGAAGAAGACGGUUCAAAGAUCCGUUCCUUAGUCAAAUGUUAAGAAAGUACAAUUGGGAGAAUGGUUUUAUGCCAGAAUUCUUGUCAUGGCUGAGGUUAAAGGUUCACCUGCAGAGAGAUGCUCCUUAAAGAUGUAUAACUUAGACUUAACAUGAGAGAAUCUGGUUUCAGUUUUUUGUUCUGAAUAGAGAUGAUUUACACAGACCAUCAAAUCACAAAAUUAUAUGCUAUCAGUUCUUCUAUUGAACCAAAAAUGGUUUGAUUGAAUUAUAGAAUAUCAAGAAAAUUACUUUUUGUUCUGCUGUAUGCUUUGUUCAGUUUGUUCAGUUUUUUGUAUCUCCUUUUCCCUUAAUUUUUGCUUCUAUUUUGAGGCAUCACACAUUUGGGAAGAUGUGCAUUCCAAAUCCAUUGUUCACUUCACUUUCAAAAAUCUCAUGCAGUUGUUUUGUUAAAUUCCUUCCGAGACUUGGAAGACUAUCUAAAAAUUUAGCAGAAAAACCUCAUAGUUUUUUCCUCUAAAAGGACUCUACCCUUUCCUGUAGAUGCUCAAAUGCUCACAUCUCCUGUCUGUUAUUUGAUUUAUGUAACAUCAUUGAUUUUAAGGAAACAUGUGUCAAUCGUCCAACACUUUUUUUCACCAUCAUUCUCUAGGUAAGUCUAAGAACUUGCAGUGAGGAGUUGCUUCUGAUGUUUUAACAAAUGAUCGACUCCAAAUUUGGUGAAUAUGAGAAGGGCAACACUGGAAUUGGCUUGGCCACAUGUGACAAGCAAGCACUGGCCCCAGUGAAGAAGACUGCAUUGAGAGAUUUGCAGAAUGACAACAGAACUGUGUUGCCCAAGCCCCUGGAAAACUCUCCAGCUCCUAAGGAUGCAGAGACCACUAAGAAUGUCAUCAAGCUUUUGGGUGCCAAGAGACCCACACCAGAUCGUCCGCUUAGCCCCUCUCGACCCCAGUCCUUAAGCAGUAAUGGUGCAAACGGGCAUCUUGUUUAUGUCCGUAGAAAAUCUGAGGCAGAACCAGGUAAGAACAGUGCUCAGGACAAUGAUCAUAGUGCUGAUUAUCCAGAAUCAAGACAACUGGGCCAAAAGGGAGAUAUUCCUCAACAAGCCCAGAUGAAGGAGCCUAAGGGUGCUGGAUUUUCAACAUUUUCAUCUAUUCCUGCAGCUCCGACAACAACUUCAUCUGGAGUUCCUUCAGUGCCUAUUCCUCUUGGAAAGCCUGUGAAUGGGCCCCAUGGAGCUAAUUCUGAAGUAAGUUGUUCUGAGAAUUCUCAGGAUGUAGCAAAUAUGCACUGGGGAGAGCGGUUAAUUCAGCUGGAGGCAUAUUUGAAGGAUUGUGACCACUCAAAUCAGGAGGCCUAUGUCCAGAAGCUUCGGUCUUUUACCUCAGCUGAACGUAGCAGACAUGCAGUUGAACUGGAGAAAAGAGCCAUCCACCUCUUUCUGGAGGAAGGGAGAGAGCUAGAACGGAUUAAGGCUCUGAAUGUUCUGGGAAAAUAUGAUACAAAAAAUGUUCCACCACAGCUGACUCCACCGACCAAAUCAGACAACUGAUAAACCAUGUUCCCUUAUCGUGCAUAGUUGCUGCUGGAAAGAACCUAGUCACCAUCUUGUCUACUUGCUUUUCUCUUCUGCAGGUUGAACUUUCUAAUACCCAACGUAGCUGUUGGCUUUCUCAAAUGUUUGAUAUUAUGAUUGUGUAGACCCCAAUCAUUUUUCCAUAGAGUCCAAACUGGCCCCCAUCAAGUGGGGAUGCAUGCAUUGAUGGAGAAAACGUGGGUCCAAGUACUGGUACUCUGAGAUUUGUUGUAAAAGUUGUAGAAAAAUUUCUCUUCCAUUGUGUUGAGAAAGGCAAGUUAUAGACUGUCAUUGUAACAACCAUUAAUACUAUUCCCAAUAACAUGUUCUGUUCUGUU